GCGGGCAGCAGCCGAGUCAGGGCCGUCCGGGGGCGCGGCCGGCGAUGCCUGCAGCCCCCGCCGCGCCCCGCCGGGCCUGCUGAGCCGCCCCCGGGCCGGGGUCGCGCCGGGCCGGGCCGCGCCCGGGGCGGGGCGGCGCUGCCUGCAUGACCCUCCGGCGGCGCGGGGAGAAGGCGACCAUCAGCAUCCAGGAGCAUAUGGCCAUCGACGUGUGCCCCGGCCCCAUCCGUCCCAUCAAGCAGAUCUCCGACUACUUCCCCCGCUUCCCGCGGGGCCUGCCCCCGGACGCCGGGCCCCGCGCCGCUGCGCCCCCGGACGCCUCCGCGCGCCCGGCCGCGGCCAGUGCCGGCCGCCGCAGCCCCUCCGACGGCGCCCGCGAGGACGACGAGGAUGUGGACCAGCUCUUCGGAGCCUACGGCUCCAGCCCGGGCCCCAGCCCCGCGCGGCCGCCCGCCAAGCCGCCGGAGGACGAGCCGGACGCCGACGGCUACGAGUCGGACGAUUGCACCGCCCUGGGCACGCUGGACUUCAGCCUGCUGUACGACCAGGAGAACAACGCCCUCCACUGCACCAUCACCAAGGCCAAGGGCCUGAAGCCGAUGGACCACAAUGGGCUGGCAGACCCCUACGUCAAGCUGCACCUGCUGCCAGGAGCCAGUAAGGCAAAUAAGCUCAGAACAAAAACUCUCCGUAACACUCUGAACCCCACGUGGAACGAGACCCUCACUUACUACGGGAUCACAGACGAAGACAUGAUCCGCAAAACGCUGCGGAUCUCUGUGUGUGACGAGGACAAAUUCCGGCACAAUGAGUUCAUCGGGGAGACACGCGUGCCCCUGAAGAAGCUGAAAGCCAACCACACCAAGACCUUCAGUAUCUGCCUGGAGAAGCAGCUGCCGGUGGACAAGACCGAAGACAAGUCCCUGGAGGAGCGGGGCCGCAUCCUCAUCUCCCUCAAGUACAGCUCGCAGAAGCAGGGCCUGCUGGUGGGCAUCGUGCGGUGCGCACACCUGGCCGCCAUGGACGCCAACGGCUACUCGGACCCUUACGUGAAAACAUACCUGAGGCCAGAUGUGGACAAGAAAUCCAAACAUAAGACAGCGGUGAAGAAAAAAACCCUGAAUCCGGAGUUUAACGAGGAGUUCUGUUACGAGAUUAAGCAUGGGGACCUGGCCAAGAAGUCCCUGGAGGUCACCGUUUGGGAUUACGACAUUGGAAAAUCCAACGAUUUUAUUGGUGGCGUGGUUCUGGGCAUCAACGCCAAGGGGGAGCGCCUGAAGCACUGGUUUGACUGCCUGAAGAACAAGGACAAGCGCAUCGAGCGCUGGCACACACUCACCAGCGAGCUCCCGGGGGCCGCGCUCAGCGACUGACGCCCGCCUGCCACUGCCACCCCCACCACCACCUGCGCCCAGCACGGCCGGCCCAGGCUUCCCCAGCAGCCACCAAGGCCUGUGGCCCCCACACUGGGGGAUCCAGAACCCCUGCUUGGACCCAGAGCCACUGCAGUCCCCGCUCGGAGGAUGUGGAGGGCUCAGCCACUCUGGGACGGGGAGGGCAGGCAGCUAGGGGUACUCUCAGCCCUCUGGGGCCCAAGGGGCUGAUGGUGGAAGGAGACCUCAGCACCUGCCCAGGGGAAGGGGACAGGCCCAUCCGGGAGCAAAGACCUUCUGGAGGCCAGCCCAGGCUGAGGGGACAGGAGUGUGGGGGCACCCUGGGGGACAGUGGGAACAGAGGAGGGAGGUGGUGAGCAGACAGACAGGUGGAGGACGGGACCUUGAAGACCGACUGCUCCAGCCCAAGGAAGGCUGACCGCAUCCCUCAUCUCCAUCGCUGCUGGGCCGAUGGAGGAAAGUCUGCGGAGUUCCCGGAGGCUCCUGAUGAGGGUAAAUUGGCACAGGCUUCCACAGUGAUUCCACAAGCCCUGCGGGAGGGUGAGACACAGGGCCUGCCCUCAGGGAGUUUCUGUCUAGUCAGGGAGCUGGGAACAAACCACUGCAACUGGGGCGAGAAAUACCGAGACCAGCCUGGCCAGUCUGCAAAUACCACGGACUCUGCUGACUGCUGGGAGGUCAGGGAAGGCUUCCUGGAGGAAGCGGUGCUUCUGUAAGGCCUUGGAGGGUGAGUGGGGAGUUCUAGGUCUAAAAAGGCCUGGAGGAGAGAGAAGGCCAAUGGGGCUGGGAACUGUGGACCCAGGGUCUCCUCUCCGAGGCAGGGUUUGUUAGGAAGGUGUGAGGCUCGAGGCAGGAGGUGGGGGAAGUGAUGGAAGCACCAGGAUAAACUGGUGCUGGUGCGGGGCCAAGUUCAGACCUCAGACCCAAGUCUCCCACUUUGAUCUCUUUCCACUCCUGAGGGACCUGGAGGACGGAGCCCGCCACUCCUUCCCGGCGUAAGCAUCAGGUCAACUGCAGUGGAGAAAGGGUCCCUUGUGCUUGGAGAAAAAGCAAAAGCUAUACGUCCUCCCUCUGCCCUUUCCCUUCCCCUCCACUUCCUGGCUCACACUGAGUACUGGGGGCCUCCAGGUGCUUGCUCAUGGCAUCUUGGUCCUACCACCACCACAGAUGUCCCUUCUGGGAGUAAUCAGUGGCAGUCCAGGGCCUUGUCUCUGGGGAGGCCUGUGGGGCUGGCUCCACCCUCCAGGAGCUGAGCAGGAAUCGCCCUGCCUGGUGGGCCUGUCUGCUUCCCUGAGUUCGGCUCUGCAGGAGGCUUGAGAGUAUCUGAGUCUUGGGGCCCAUGCCUGAAGCCCACAAACUUUCCCUGCCUACCAAGGGGCCCCCAGGAACACUGGGUGAACAAAUGCAGAGCCAAGGUGUUGCACAGCCAGACUCCUUUUGCUCAGCCCAUCAGCGUGUGAUGGAAACAGAGGCCCAGAGAGGUUAGGUGACCUGCUCAGGGCCUUCCAGCCCCCACAGGGCUGUGGAUCCACAGCCCCCAGCCCAGAAUGCUGGACCCGACACUUCAGGGGAAUUGCUGUGCUGAGCUCACAUGAGAGAGGUCCUGCUAGCUGCUAGCCUGGGGCUCACCCGCCUGCUGCCCACCCCUUCAACACCGUUAGAGGGACUGACAGGCACGAUGGUGGGAACUUCCACUGCAGACACAAAGCACACCACCACCUGAGGUGCAGGGUCAUGAUUUGAAUCCCACCAAGUGCCCAUCAUGCCUUUCCCAGGUUGCAGGGAAAACAGGACCCCAGCCCCACACGGUCCCUGGCCACCUGCUGCUCAUGGAACCUUGUCUGCCCACCUUUAGGAAGGGUUUUGUGUGUGAAAGCGUUUGCAUGCACUUGUCUGGACGCAUCUUCACAGCCCUGCAAGGUGGAUUUGAUUCUCAUCCCCAUCUUGCAGGUGAAACAUGUUCCCAGAGUCUGAGUAGUUUGCCAAGGCCACAGAGCCAGGAAGGGGUGAGCCAGGACUCAAACCCAGGUCUUAUGACUGCCACUUUCUCUCUCUGGGGGUCGGUACCCCCAGUCCCUUCCCUCCUGGUCUGUCAGAGACUCAGCGGAGACCCCAGGUGUAGGCUCAGUAAGCUCGGUGCAUGAUGGAGACCUGGGGUCUUGCCACUGUCCUGCCUCCUCGUCCGCUGGCUUUGAAACCAUCUGUGCUACUUCAGGCUUCCCCAGAGGUGCCUAACCAGGCCCCAAAAUUCAGCCACCCCACCCUAGCCUCUGGGGGCUGAGGCAAGGGCCCCUCUUUUCUCCACACAGAAUGGGCAUCCUCGGGGGGCCUAAGGUAAGAGGUGGUCUAUUUCUAAAAGGCCUGGUGUCUACGUAAGUUCUGGGCAUCGUCUUAGCUUUGCUUUUUUUGUGGGUCUCAUUCAGAGAGGAGACUUGACAGCCUCUCUGAAGACACAGAAGUGAAUGUCAAAGCUAGAAGAGGCUGCACCCUCCACCCAGCAUGACUUCCUUAUAGGCACAUGGGGAACUUGGGGCCUGUGGGUGGACGGGGCCUGCUGGGGCACAGCUGGGGCAAGAACCCAGAGCUCCAGCCCCCCAGUCCAGGGCCCUCUACCGCCCAGGCUGCACAAAUGGGGCUGGGCCUGACAGACGGGGAGUCAGGCUGGGAGGCGGGCUCACUGGCCAUCCCGGGGGCAGCACGGGCACUCGGGCAGGAACCCCCCAGGAAGUUCGGAAACUUCCUUCCCCAGGAUCCCAGCACCCUUCUAGAUCCCGUGCAGAUUGUCUUUCUGUUAAAGCGCUUUGAGGCCGGGCGGGAUGGCUCCCGCCUGUCAUCCCAGCACUUUGGGAGUUCGAGGCGGGAGGAUCACCUGAGGUCGGGAGUUUGAAACCUGCCUGGCCAACAUGGCGAAACCCCGUCUCUACUAAAAAUACAAAAAUUAGCCGGGCGUGGUGGCGCGUGCCUGUAGUCCCAGCUACUCGGGAGGCUGAGGCAGGAGAGUCGCUUGAACCCGGGAGGUGGAGGUUUCAGUGAGACAAGAUCACAUCACUGCACCAGCCUGGGCGACAGAGCGAGACUCCGUCUCAAAGAAAAAAAACCCACAAAAAAAACGCUUUGAGAAGCUGCAGAAGCGGCUCUGCCUUUGACCCCGAACGGGCAUCUUUACUGGGGUCCAUCAGCCCCACAAAGACAGGAAAUCUGAUGCCAAAAAAAAAAAAAAAA